CCCAUGCCCACCCCGUGCCCGUUGGGCUCCCGUCCAAUCCCGUCUCUUCUAUCCUCCCUUUCCCUGCUCCAACAGCCUCCAAGCCGUACGCUUCUGCUUCUGCUUCUGCUUUUGCUUCCUUCGUGCAUUGCAUUGCAUUGCAUCGCAUUGUUCACCUUCGUUUUUCUCCUGCCGGCCUGCUCCUGCUCCUGCUCCUGCAACGCACAUCCUCGUUCACCCACACCUCUUCCACCACUCUCCACGCCAUCCCGCAGAGCAAAGACGAGCAGAGGAAACAUCUAUCUCGCGUCGAAACACCAGAAUCGCCGAGUCCUGUGCUUUUGUGCGAAGACCAGGAACGAGAGCCACCCUCCGAACAUAUACUCCUCGAACCGCUCCAGCAUUCACUUCCAGCACUCCGUCACCCAUUAAUGCAUUGUCACGCGAAUCUCCGAACCAGCACAGCAAUCUGCACUCAGCUUCUGCACUGAUCCGCCCAGGGUAGCGUCGAACGCGCCGCAUUCCUCACUCCUGUUGUAAUUACAUCCAGCUUCAACAACGACGCGCGAGGAAUCCUCGACAUAUUGCAGCUACCCACCAUACAAUUGCCUCUGACGUCUGCAGAGAAGGGAGAAUCCCGGCUGGAGCUCAAAUAAACCUUCUGCACCUCAAUCAAUAUAUGUGCCUAGCCAUCGAUUCGACACCCCAUCCUCCGAGAGCCCAAGGAUACCGAAACAAGCCCGUGACAGUCGGUCCCAACUCUGAAGCACAACACCCGUUUACCCCUGCGCGAACACUCCCAUUCAGCCAUUGCAUUUCGACCGUUCAUUAUCGAUUGCCUCUUCCGCUAUCUAUUUCGAAACGAUCGUCCUGAUAGUUCUUCUCCACUCCUCACGCUUUGGACUAGUCAUCCCUUCAUUUUGAUUCGAAUUUGCUUCACGAAGAAAUCCCCCUCUCGAUCGUCUACAAGCUGGAGAGGUUCAUAUCCAGUUCGUGAGCGUGCUCACCCACAACACUCGUUGUCAGUCCUCCUCAUUCGAAGCUGCUGCAGUGCACCGCCGGAUCUCAGGGGCUAAUUCUUUCCAGACGGCGGUAAUACGUACAAUUAAUCACCAUGAAUCGAUUCCGCACAAAGAAGAAGGUCAAGGACGCCCCAGAUGGAGUGGUCAGGGCAUCAACAGAUUCAGAGGCACCGUCAGUGCCAGCAAUCAAGUCGUCGAAAACAUUUAGAUUAGGGAAGAAGACCCCGGAACCAGAGCCGAAGCCAGAAAUCGAUCUUUCGACAGCGUUACCGUCUUCGGACGACUUUCGAACGAGUUUACUGAUGAGCGGACUUUCUGCUCGAUUUUCUAUGCUUCGAGAACAGGACGAUCCGAAAUCGAAGAUUGGAAAAGCAAGUGACGACAGCGUUCUGUUUCCCAAACGACAAUCGAGGUUAAAUGACUUUGGAUUCAUGGCACAAGGACUCUCGGAUAUUGCGGAGGUUUCGUCAAUUAAUGGAUCGAUACGACCUCCGUUCGCGUUUGGCCGGUCCGACUCUUUUGCAGGCUCAGAAGGCUACGGGACCGACGAUGAUUCCACGCACGGUAGCAUAAUGAAUCGAGCGAAGCCAGGGGAAGGGAACAACUUAUUCGGUGGCCGACAGAAGAUAAUGAUGGGAAAUAGAGCUUUAUAUGACAACGAUGUCAGUCAAUCGGCUUUCCAGAAGAUCCGGGAACGGGAGAGAGAGCAGAAGGAACAGGAACGUCAACGAGAGGAAGAAGCUCAAUCUUCACGGCCGAGUUCACCACCACUUUCAGGGUAUAACCGAAACAGGGAAACAUCUUCAACAACCUCUUCUGGCGGCCCUUCAAUAACCCGGAGCUCAACAGCUGCAACGUCCGUCACAUCCCAAAGGACGCCAUCUCUGAAUGGAGGUCACACUCCAAUCACACCAAACAUCCCAGGUGCCAAUGCACCUUUGGAGAGAUCAGGGACGAAGAAUCGAAGAUUGUACGAAACUGGACUUGACAAUCAUCUCCAUGAGCAACAGUUCUCUGCAAUGAGUAGGAUUGACACUCUUACUAGGCAGCGGACUCUCGGAGCGAACACACCACCACCGGGAGUGUCUCCUACAUAUGGAGUAGCGCCUGGUGACAGAUGGGAUCGGCCGAUUCUUGGGAAGCAGAGCAUGCCAAAUUUACGAGCAGCAAGCCCUCCACCUACCGGUGCUGCAAUGGGCACUUUCGACUUUACUGUCCGUAAGAACAGCAAUGCUGGAGCUAAGCCCUUCGGCAUGGCUUCUCCUCCUCUGAGCCCACCAAUGAGCGAGUACGACGAGCAAGGAAUAUUACCAGUACAGCCGAAUGACCGAGGGAAGGCUACGGCUUUGGGUGCUUUUUCGAAACCAGCUCCAUAUGAUGAGAAUAAGUACUCUCAGAGACAGCUUCAGAUGCAGCAAGAGCGGGAAACACAGCCCCAGAGGAAGCCUUCACCACCACGAGCUUUUGUUCCGCAAAAUCAGCAGCAGCAACAGAGCUCAUCUCGGUCUCGUACUGAAUCCAAUGCUACCUACGCUUCGGAAAGGUCGAGGUCAAACUCGUCAGCACAAAGAGCAUUCCUUCCCCAUGAUCGAAUCCCAGAGGCACCAAUGAGCAACAUUACGGUUCCAGAAACCCAAGCGAUGUCUUCGGGUACCUUCCUCGCAUCUCCAGACAGUACAUCCUCCCCGGCAUCACCUAAUGAUGUGGCACCAGAACAGAGCAAGUUCAAGAACCACCCAAAGCCACUCGACCUGUCUCAUCUGUACCGUCCAGAACAGCGAGUGCAGCUUGAUCGGCCAGACGAAUCACAACACCCAGCACAUCGCUUACAACCAGAGUCGAGCCCGUCACUUACCAGCCCAGACGUCUCAAAUUUGCCCUUACAGCCGACCUCUGCCAUAUCAACGCAACCCCCAGCCGACUCACCUACACUCGGACCCGGAUUGGGUAGCAUCCGUCAGCAUUUGAGAUCUGACAGCAAUUCUUCGUCGAUCUAUGGAGGUGUUCCAUCUGCCCACUUCACUUCUCGAUUCCCUGUUGACUCUCACGAGUCAAUGCCGCAGAACGAGUAUACCUCAAAGAAUACUCCUUGGGACAAUGACUGGGAUCAUGAGAGUAAUUACGCGGAGGACAGUUCCGCUAACCUUAUGAAUGGUGGUCGCUCUCAACCACCAGCACUUUCUAUUCGUUCACCGAAUAUUGAAACAGCGCCAAAAGAACCACAGAGUGCGUCAUGGGAAAGAGAAAUGGAGAGCCGGCACAUUCGAGAAGGCAGUACAGAAACUCAGAAAGAGCAGCAAGCAUUCCAGGAGGAGCUUGCUACUCGACGACGGAGAGUUCAGGAGAAGAUGAAGAGCAUGGUUGAGAGCGACAGCAGGUCAACUAGUCCACUCCCACCUCAUCCAGCUGAUUGGCCAAAGGACGCUCACCAGGUGAAGAACAAUGCACUGGGGCUACUGAAGACCAAGACUAGUAGAGGCUCUUUGGUAGGGAGGCCGAAGGAAACCCCACCAUCCAAAGCCAUGAAGAUGCUAGGCAUCGGAAAUGCAACUAUCACGAGUGGGACACCAUCACCAGGAAAGUCAAGGUUCGACGACAGUCCUUGGAAUCAAGAGGAAGAGGAGAGGGAACCAGUUCGUGCACCAGGCGCUACACCUCCCCAGACUAGAGCUUUCCGAGAAGCGCGUCGAGCAGCCCAACGAGACCGAGAACGUGAACUUGCGAGCAGACAUCAGCAAAGGUUCGGUCCUGAGAGCGACCAGGAGAGGCCAGUACAACGGAGAGAGAGAGAAAGACCUAGGAUGGGUAAUCAGCGAAUGGAUAACUCCUGGGUGGACAACUCUCGCGGCAAUUCCCGUAUGGACAACUAUCGGAUGGAUCAGCCCAGGGACCACCGGAUGGAUAAUCGAAUGGAUCGGAUGAACAAUCGGAUGGAUAACCGAAUGGAUAAUCGAAUGGAUCGAAUGGACAAUAGAAUUGAGAGCCCAAGGAGAGAUAACUUUUACCGUAAUCAAGAACAGAAUGAGAGAAUCCCACCUCAUAUGAGGCCUCGACAUCGGACUCCGAGCAGAGAAAGGAAACCACCGCCAGUUACUUAUACUCAUCGAAAUGGUAGCAGUAGCCAGGAGAGCAAGGAUAGCAAUGGAACCAGCCAGUCUGAGUCCAGGCCGCCAUCCAAUGCCUCUCGGGACAGAUCAGGAUCUGAAACCUCUGGUGGCCGAUCCAAGAGUCGUACUGGCACGUACAGAGAUGACCUGGCAAAGGCCAUGGCUGAAGGCACGUCCAGCACUAGUCAAGUUCACGAGGAGCGCCCGGCUCGCCUAAUGCCACGAUCUCCUGUUCCACCUGGAAUGGGUCUACCAGCAUCACCAUCUCCAAUUCCCUCGCCAAUGAUGCCUCCAAAUCGCUCUCGAAGUAAUAGCAAGACAAUGCCAGCAGGUUACUUUGAAAAAUUACCAAGUCUUCAGACUGGCAAUGAGGGUGUUGAAAUUGGUUCAGCACCAAGACCUUCUCCAACAGCUCCCUUUGUUGUUAACCCAACUCCCGCAUUAGUGCAGCCCUCACCUGCUGGCUCUGGAGCAACCACGCCCAUCGGCCAAGGAGCACCGAUAGGAGGAAUUCCUACUAUGCGAAAGAAGUCAAUCAACAAGUCCGACAUUUCAGAGCCAAAGCUGAUCUCAUCCACCUCAAGAAUCACCACUGUCAACCUACCUCCGGGAUCAUCUCUUGCCAAUGGUAGCGAGAUCAACGCACCACCGAUUCCUCCUGUUAACCCCAAACGUCGCCAAACCCGUACAAUGUUCGGCGGGUUCAUGGGCCGAAGAGAUGACGAUGAGAUCCAUUCGAUGCCAGCCGCCACACAAUCAACCGAAGAAAUGUCCACCUUUUCCGCAGACGAAGGCGAUUCCAAACCCAAGAUCCGACAUAAGCUCCGCAAGAGCUCCAGCGAAGGUGGUAACCUCAACGCUCGAGCCCGACAGGCUGCCAAUGCAGCACCCAGCCCGGCAAUGCCCGGCACAUUCCCACCAGGCUCAGGCAGCCCUCCUCGCCGCCCCAUAGAGGGCGGUAUGUUCUAAUCAGAUUUUGGUCUCUGUCACUGGUUGUGUUAUCGGGAUGGAAAAGGCACACAAAAGAUGUUUACAUGACGCAUAUACCCUUUGCCAUCUAUGGUGUUUUUUCUUUUCUUUCUUCUCUCUCCUCUGCAUACAUGAAAUGCAUGGAUUGUAUUUUAUGUACUGUAUUGUACUGUACUGCUACAUGUUUUACCUCCCGCAAAAAACAAAAAACGGGGUUCAAUGAAAGAUAAUGUUUACAUGACGUCCUGCUGCUCGCCUCUUUUUUUUUCUUUCUUCUGACGACAUGUGCUUUAUUUUGAUUUUUGAUUUUUUUUUGUUCGCUUCGCUUCUUUCGUUUCGUUUCUUUUAAUUGGCUUGAUUGGCUGAUCUGCUGAUCUGCUGAUCUGCAAUUUCUUUCUCUUUGGGAGAGAGUUAAUGGAAUGGAAUGGAAUGGGAAUGCAGAUUUUGUAUUGUACAGACAGACAGACAGACAGACUGUUGCCUCAAGGCAAGGCGACGGAACGUGACGUGACGUGAACGCCAACUUUAUAUAUAUAAAAGAACGGAAAAAGGAAGGGAUAUUAAUCUGGCGUUUAAUGGUUUCUGGUUUCUGGUUUCUGUGUGUGCGUGUGUGCGUGUGUGUGUGUGUGUGUGUGUGCGCACGCUCUUCCCUUCUUUUUUUUUCUUUAUUCUUUUCUUUUGUAAAAGGGGGGGAAGGGGAUAUUUCAAAACAAUGUGAUUUGAUGGAUGGAUGUAUGGACUGAUGGAUGGAUGGAUGGCAUGUGUUUAUGUCUCUCCUAUUUUUUUUUUCUUUUUUCUUUUUCUCUGAAUCUCUGAAUCUCUCUGAGGAUCUGAUGGUAUGGUGUGGUAUGGGAUGGUGUGGGAUGGGAUGGGAUUGUGGUUCGUUUUUCUUCUUUUCGACUUCUUUUCUUCGACUUCUUUUUUUCUUCGAGUUCUUUCUUGGGGGUUGAGGAUUUUUUUUUUUUUUUUUUUUUUAUGUUGAUGUUGAUGUUGAUGAUGAGAUUGAUGUUGAAAUUGGGAUUGAUAUGGGGUUUACUGGUUUUGAAAGGGAUGGGAAAAGAAGGGAUAACUGGUAUGUGCUGCCUGGGCGGGCUCAGCUGGCCUGUGCUUGUGCUUGUGCUUGUGGCGGCGCUGCAUUUUUGGGAGGGUGGGAUAUCUGAUUUCAGCGUGUGAGUAAGAGAGUGAGAGAGUGUGUGGGUUGGGGGGAGGGGGGGGGGGGGGGGAUGGGAUUGGGAGGGAAGGUGGAGAGGGAAGAGGUACAGCUAGCUCGUGAUUUUGUAUGGGUGGUGAAUCAUUUGAGCAUAAGCUUGAGCAUAUGCAUGUGUUGGUGUGCAUGGGACAUACUAUACUGUACUGUAGCUACCACAGGGGAGGGAGAGGGAGUAAUAUGAAUGAUUGA